AUGACUUCUUCGAAUCCUCUCAAUGCCGACUAUGCAUGGCCACUGUACGGCGACGAGCCUAUUGAAGGCGCAUUCGAACUGGAUACCGCCUCCGGCAUCGAUGAAGCAGUCGCCAAGAGCGUCACACGUCCAUGGCUUUUUGGCUUCAAGCCUACCAUUUCCUCGUCGGUUAGAAGGGCUAUUUUGAUUUUAGGCGGAGGCGGAUACGUCGAGCUCAUUGUCGGAAGAGAAGGCGUCCAGGUGGCGAGAUGGUUGGCAGGGCUCGGAUUCCACGCCUUCGUGCUAGUUCAUCGCUUCCCAAACAAGGACACGGGAAGUCAGGCGCCGGUAGAUGAUGCAAGGCGGGCGUUGAAUUUGAUUCAAGAGAAAGGAUUCGCGCAAGAGAGUCUGGCGGUAUGCGGUCUUUCGUCUGGUGGCCAUCUCGCUGGAUCUUUACUUUCAGAAUACCCUACCUGCUGGAGCAACCCAGAUGCGAAUAGCGAUUUACCAAAGCUUGAUUUUGCCAUCAUCGGCUAUGCGCCUAUCUCCACAAACGCAAAGGGUCGUCAAAUCGUCGCACACAAGCCAGCGUUGGAGCCGCCCGAGAAACAGGCACUUUAUGAUACGAUGCAGCCAGACGCACAGUUGAAGAGGAGGGUACCACCAACUUUCAUUGUUUAUGCUGGAAAUGAUCCCAUUGUGCCUGUCACGAACGCAUACAGGCUUGCUGAAGGUAUCACGAAAGCUGGUGCGGCCGUUGAGCUUCAUGUCUUCUCAGAUGCGCCGCAUGGGUUUGCUUUAGACACCCCUGGGCUGCCGGUUAGCGAGUGGCCGGUCAUGUGUGAGAGUUGGCUGAAGCAGGCUGGUUUCCUCAAAUAA